UUGUGGAAGGCGGACACAUUUCGCGACUGGUAUUCGGAAAAGCGUAAAGUUGAUUUAUCAUUCUAAAGUGUGAUACAGUGUUGUGUGGUGUAACAUCGGUUUGUUUAAUAAUAAAUUGUGCUUUUUUUUCUUUGUUAACGUUAGUUCCAUUCAUUAUCAAAGUGCAAGUUUGAAAUUGUGUUCGAAAAAAGGAAUAGGUAAUUUUUUUGAGGUCGCAAUGAAGACCCGUGACGUAGUUCUGGUAACGGUCCUGGGCUGCGGCUCCAUUGCCGUACUUCUGGCGGUCGCAGUGUAUCUGUACAUCAGACGCAGAAGAAGAAAGAGGGAGGACGAUGAAGACGGCACCAGUUGCGCCAUUCGGGCGGACCAGUCAUCAAGUGAUGGAGGUAGAGAGAAAAGUCUUUCAAAGCUUAAUGGAUUUUUAAGCUUAAAGACACCCCUGAUCAGCACUAAGACAUUGGGAGCGCAGCUUGAGACCACUUCUAUUAGUUCCCCUCAAGCUAAGUCACCGGCAAGCAGCAGCGCUGGAGCAGCUGCAGGCGCCUCCACUACAGCUGGAGAACGCACCCCGACAGCUCACAACAAACAACUCCAGAAUGUCAAGGGACAAGAUCACCCGCCUCACCCAUCUAUGGCGUUCCUUCAGAAUCGAUCCAUUUCGCUGGUGGACAUGUACAUUGACAAUUCGGAGCCGUCAGAGAACGUCGGGCAGAUCCACUUCUCGUUGGAGUACGACUUCCAAAACACUACCCUGAUCUUGAAGAUUAUACAGGGCAAGGAGCUACCAGCCAAGGAUCUGAGCGGCACUUCGGAUCCCUACGUCAGGGUCACCCUGCUCCCGGACAAGAAACACCGCUUGGAGACGAAGAUAAAGAGACGCACUCUCAACCCGAGGUGGAAUGAAACCUUUUAUUUCGAAGGCUUCCCAAUACAGAAGCUUCAGAGCCGGGUCCUGCAUCUUCACGUGUUUGAUUACGACCGCUUCUCGAGAGAUGACUCCAUUGGCGAGGUCUUCUUGCCGUUGUGCCAGGUGGACUUAAGCGAAAAACCUUCGUUCUGGAAAGCUCUGAAGCCUCCAGCGAAGGACAAGUGCGGGGAGCUUCUCACUUCGCUCUGCUACCAUCCGAGUAACAGCGUGCUGACCUUGACACUCCUGAAGGCCAGGAAUUUGAAGGCGAAGGACAUUAACGGGAAAUCAGAUCCCUACGUCAAGGUCUGGCUGCAGUUUGGCGACAAGCGCAUCGAAAAACGCAAGACGGCCGUCUUCAAGUGCACCCUCAAUCCGGUCUUCAACGACUCAUUCUCGUUCAACGUUCCCUGGGAGAAGAUCAGGGAAUGUUCGCUGGACGUCCAAGUUAUGGACUUCGACAACAUCGGCCGCAACGAGCUUAUCGGGCGGAUAUUGCUGGCAGGCAAGAACGGCUCGGGCGCGACAGAGACGAAGCACUGGCAGGACAUGAUAACGAAACCAAGACAGACGAUUGUGCAAUGGCAUCGCCUCAAGCCCGAAUAAACCACGAAGCGACCCCCAACUUGCUACACGUCAUAAGACUGAACGGUUAAAUGUUACAAAAAAGCGAAUAACCAAAAAACAAAUAAAAAUUUAAAAAAAAACGAAAAAUAUCUCUUUCGGAUCUGUCUUUUGCGGCGUGUACAAAUUUUGUUUCUUUUUUGUGAGAUAUAUACUUAAAUUAAUUUUAUUUGAAUCAGAAAAAAAGUUACAUAUAUUUUUUUUGUUUAUUUAUAUAAAUAAAUGUAAAUCAUAAAAUUUUGCUUUAAUAUUUAUGUACUGUGUUGAGUUUCUGCAUUCAGUUUGGAACGCGCACGCCAUUAUCUCGAACUUGACUGUUCUCUGAUAUCUCGAACGUUACUGCUUCUAAGCUAUUAAACGUAAUCUUGGAAACUAAAAACUUGAACAUAAAAAAAAAAAACGUAACAAUUGUGAAAAAUUUCAUUGCCUUCUUCAAAACAUGUGAUAGAAUCAACCCAUUUUUUUUUUCAUUCCUAAAUAUAUAUUUUUUCAUUUAAACGCAUAAAGUGUUCGAAUUUUGAAAUACAUUUAUUUAAAAAAAAUGCGUGAUGAAAUUUUUCAUAUAUUGUUCCAAAAUCUUUAUGCAAAUGUUAACGUUGUUUAUAUAUUAUGAUAAUAUGUAAAAGUUGAAUCGACGUUGGGAAGUUUUGAACGAAACAUUGUUAGUUAAUUAAAUAAUUAAAUAAUAAAUAUAUCUUAAUAAUAUCGUUAAAGGUAGUGAAUAUUAACAAAAGUCGAGUUCGUAUCGCACAAAAGUUGUAGAUUUUCAUUUAUUUAAAAACUCUAAUUGGACUAAACAAAUUCACAUUGGUGUGCAUAUUUAUUUUCACUCCGAAAUUCUACCGAAUCUGAGGAUUGUUGAAAUUUUAAAAAGUUCAAACUGCCAAAUAAUAAAGUAAUUUACAUUACAGCACAACAAAAAUCUGUGUCAAAAACAAUCUUUGUUUAAAAACACUUAUUGCUUAUAAUAUGUAUUGAAAAAUUCUAAAUUUUAAUGUUAAGAUUGAAAAAAAAGGACGGUCAAUUUUAGGCGCGGUUUUGUAAAAAGAAAUGUAAUUUGUGGAAGAAAAUGAAAAAGAAAAAAAAUUACGUAACUUAAACAAUAAUUUUGAGUCGGAAUUCGUUUGGAAAUUGUUUUUUUUUUUAAUCCGAUGUUAAUUAACCUAAGUUGUAUGCGAUGACCAUUUGGAUUGUUAGGAUUGUUACAAAACAUAUUAUGGAUACAUUUUAAUAUAACAUAGUAUUUAUUAUGCUUGUUGUUGAAUGUUAAAAAAUAUUGCUUAUUGAAAAAGAAAAAAAAAACGUAGAAUCGAUGUUUUUUUUUGAAAACGAACCUUAAAAAAUAAAAAUCUUAUUGUAUACAUUUAUAAAGAUAUUUAUAGACAAUUAGUAAUACAAUAUUUAUAUAUAUUUUAAUAGCAAAUCUUACAGUAGCGUUGUUAGAAUAGAAUGUUCAGAAUUAAAUUUAAUAAGUAGUUGCAGAAAAUAUAAUAUAUAAAUAUUGAAUAUGAUGAUAAUAUAUUGAAAUCAACGAUAGUGGGUAUUUUUAAAACUUUAUUUUUUACUGUAUUUUUCUAUUGUUCGUAUGUAUUCUUUUUUUAAUAAUUAUUCUGAUUCAUUUACCUUUUCGAAAUGGAAUAUUAAAUAAAUGAAUUUAACUUUUAAAUCAAUUGAAAAGGGUUCUAUUGUUACGAUUAUUGCAUCAAUAACUUGAUAAGAUAAAAGAAAAAAGAAGAUUCUAGAAAUCGUCUCUCAUAUUGCCAAAGUCAUUCAGUACUUCCACCAAUGUAGUCGAAGAUCCACUUCUUCAACUAUCACAUUUUUCCCCUACCAUUAUUCGCUGGUAACCUAAAUGCGGUCAUCCACAGUGCGUUUCCAGAGGUCUUUUUGCCAUCUACCAUCCGGCUAUGGAAUGAGUUCUCCUCUACGGUGUUUCCCGAGCGCUAUGACAUGUUCUUUUUCAAACCUUUAUGCCAUCUUUAUGCCUGAACUUGAAUUAAUUAUAAACACAUACAUCAAUCAUUGAAGAUCAAAUUUUCAGUCAAUUUAUAGGCAGACUAACUAAAAACAUAGUAGAAGCUGUUAAAACAUUAAUUAAAACAAACAAGUGUUCUUUAGUAACCUAACUUUCCGUCACAUCGACUGGAUUGCGUAAAGAGGCACUCUUCAAGAUCAUCGUCCAAGAAGCUGAUUAGGUCAUCCAAUGAUUCCCACAUUCAAACUCGCAGUGAUACCUGAUGACGGAUAUCGCAUUUGAUUGAAUUAAUUCGUUCGAAAUACCUGUCUUUAUGAUCUGGCAAUACUUACUUCUAAACCGUAAUAAAUAUUUUAAUUCCUAAAUAAUCAAAAUCAAUAACGCGCUUAAUAACGUCAUUUAAAAAAAAAUACAAAGAUUACGUUUAAUAUAAUUGUUUAUUCAUUUGCAAAUAGGCAUACAAUGAUUUGUUUAAUAUUGUUUUUUGAUCUAAAUAACAUCUCAAUAUUGCCGACGAUAUUAAAAAAAAACUCACUAAUGUCAUUAUGACACAUGUCAAAGUCGUAAAAAACUUACAGAGGCUACAUUUUAUUGGGAUUAGAAAUACGAAUGUCAAAAACUUUAAUCGUCAGUGUAGUUCAACAAAAAACGAUAUCACUUACUCGUCGAUGUAAAUUGGAAAUUUUUAAAGUCGAACCGUUAUGGAAAUUCGUAAAUAACCGUACUCGUCGAACUCGGCAAAGAGUUCGACGUGCAACCUAACCUACACUAACCCGCUGAGUUUUUCACCGGAUCUUCUCAGCGGGUCGCGAUUCCGAUCCGGUAAUAGAUUCAUUUGCGAAGCAGGUGCUUUUGAAUUGUUUGUUCGAAGCGCUCGAGGCUGAUAGCAAAUCCCACCCCUCCUGGCUGAGCCGUACUCGCGCACCUAUCAUGGUGGGACUGAAAAGGCCUCUGGGCUACCAGUAAUCCUUCAAUCAUAAAAUAAAUAAAUACGAAAAUCCAAUGACCCAAUCCAUCCGUUGAGCGGAAUUUUUAUAAAAUUAUACUUGCGUUUUGAAUUGCUUUCUGUGACGCCAUAUUAACAUCUCAAACUCUUUUUGUAUAUUUUGCUUUGAUGAACCAAGCCUUUUACGGAUUUAAUCUACAAUUUAUUAUUAAAAAGCACACUAUGUGUGAAUAGUGAGGUUUAUAAUAUUUAAAAUUAGGACAGCAUAAUCGUAGUGAUGUGCUGAUAAGAAGAAGAAGAAGAAUCGUAGCGAGCGGUGUAAUUUAAAAGAUAAUUUGAGAGAGUGAUAGAGAGAGAGAACAUACUUUAUUGCACACCAAAACAUAAUUAACAUUAGAAAACAGUCAACAAGCAGAUACGUUUGUACAAUAGACGGUCUUAUCGCUAAAAGCGAUUUCUUCCAGACAACCGUUUAAUUACCCGAAAUUCUGGACAGAUGUAUCUAAUAAUACAUUAUUAAAGAAAAUACAUACAUAGAAUAAAUAGCGGUUUUAGCGGUAGGCAGUGGCUUGGCUCUGCCCCUGGCCCCAACAACGGCAAUAAAAAAAAAAAAAAAAUUAAAAUCGAAAUGUAACUUACUACUCUCAGCAGGACUAUCUCAACUCCUCCCCCAUAUAAGACAGUUCAUCUCCAGUCUACCCCCAUACUCCUUUCAAUUACCAUUCUAUCAAUUCUGACAUUUCGUACAAUUGACGUUGACAUUUUAACAUUAGAGUCACUACGACCUGUGUGCUUAGUGCGAGCUUUUUAACGUUCUCGAUAGCGUAAAAGUUAACUCAUAUUUGUAUGGAGUGGAAUCGUUUGCGUACGUUUGCCGCUAGGGGCGCUGUUCCAAAUGCAUACAAAAUUGUCUUUACUUUACGCUAUCGUGAACGUUAAGAAACUCGCACUAAGCACACUGGACUCUGCAAUGCAAUGCCAGUGAACGAACUCAUGUUUCGUAUUGCUCUAGUGAAUGUUUAAUCUUAUUGAAUUCAGGUUGGUCAUUGGAAUUUUAAGUCGCUCGGCCACUCAGGUAUCCGAGACACGUUAUUUUAGCGUGAAUAAUUUCGAAACUUGUCUUGUUUUAAUGUAAUGUCUCUGUGUUUUUUUUUUAUUGCCUUUGUAGGCAGACGAGCAUACGGCCCACCUGAUGGUGAGUGGUUACCGUCGCCCAUGGACUUCAGCAAUUCCAGGGGCAGAGCCAAGCCCCUGCCUACCGUUUAAUACUUACUAUGUGUGACGAUGAGUAGCGAAUCUGUGGAGGAAAGCCAGUCGGUCCGUGAUCUCAACUGUUCAAAAUCGAACCACGCCUUAUCGUGAUAACCUUAUAAACCGCAAUCGCGUAGACUAUACAAUUAAUUUUGAUAAUUCUCAACAUUUUUGUUCAGAGACUAACCGGAGAAAGUUUCAUUAAAUUAAUACCGUCUCAAAAUCUAAAUGUUAAAUACUCUGUAGUAAUACUGAAUUAAUUGAUUAAUCAGUUAAUAAGGCCGUCAUCUUGAACUGUUUAGCACUGUUGUUUUGAUUUCGAAGUGAAACUUCUUUAGGCGUGUUGAGAGUAAAAUUUGACUCGCGACAGAUUCGUUACGGCUAGAGAGAAAAUAUACAAUUUAGAAGGAGCGAGAGUGAGAAAAUAGACAGUGUCUCGCGAACCACUUGACAGUGGAGAGAGGAAGAAACAAAGCUAGGUGGUUUCUCUUAUACAGAUUCUGUUUACGGGCGUCGGCCACUAGAUGGCUUCGCUUCGAUUAAUUUCUCAUUGCUCCUGUAGAUGGCAGUAACAUAUUAACUAUCUUAUAUUUUAUUUUUAAUAAAGGAUUUAACAUUUUUAUUUUUAUUUUUCUGUAUAUAAUUUGAAAUAUAUUUAAAUGGUGAAGAGAUCGUAUCUCUUAUACGCAGCGUUCCCUAUUAUAAAAGUAAUUUGAUUUAAGGAUAAAAAAUGUAGAAAACCACAAUGCAAAAGAAGUUCCACUUCUUUCACGUGCGUCAUUAUUUUUUGUAUAUUUCACAGAAUAUCAGUUGCUUAUUGGCUUAGGCCUCUUCUAACAUAUUCUAUUGUCCUAACAUAUUCUUCCUCACCCUCGCCCUCUGAAUGAUACAAACAAGUUUUUUUUAAUAUCUUAUACUGUAUGUUUCACUUGAUAAUCGAAAUGUGGCGAUAUUUUUUUCUAAUUAUUUCUAUCUUUAUCCUCUCACUAACGCUUUCGUGACGUUUCCGCAUAGAAGUGUAUGUCUGUUUGUAGCGUGCAGUUUAGAAUUGUAAAUACUUAGAUAUUUAAUUCGGCGGAAUACGACGGUACAUUGUCAGUAUCAAUGUUAGUGGAAUGUGAGAGAUGUCUUACUGAACACUCCCAUACUGAUGACGGAAUUUUCUUGACUGAAAAGUCUCAUUGGAUCUAUUUGCUGGUUACAUAUUUAUUUAAAUUUAUGUAUCUCUGUAUAUUUGCGGACUUUAUGUCAAAGACAUUAAUUUCUAGUAACUAUAAGGUAACAAAGAGAGAAUAAUGAUAUAAAUUUAACAUUUAAAUAUUCCAGCAGCUUUGGCCAAACCUUUAAUUUGAUAAAAGUAAAUUCGGUUUAAUAUUAACAUUACAUAAAUUAAGUUUUGGAACAUCAUAUUUACCUUUAACCCUUUGGUGCCCACUGCUGGGCAUAGCUUACUGGUGGCAGGACCUCUUGUGCCUAUUUUUGCCGUGAAUCAGUAAUGCGUUUCGGUUUGAAGGGUAGGGCAGCCGUUGUAACUAUACUUGAGACCUUAGAACUUAUAUCUCAUGAUGGGUGGCGCAUUUACGUUGUAGAUGUCUAUGGGCUCCAGUAACCACUUAACACCAGGUGGGUAAGCUCGUCCGCCCAUCUAAGCAAUAAAAAGCAGGUCCUCUUUUUUAUGCCCUAAACCUUAUUAGCCCGUCAUUCUCAUCCAUGUUCGCCCUGCCCUUCCCCAGUGUCACCAGUCCACCAUGCCAUAGAUCUUCCGUGACCUCAAUAACCUAAUCUCAGCCAAGCUUUACUCUUGACUUUCCAGCGCUGCCAAUAAGCGCAUCUGUAAGACGUUUCUCACAUUACAACGAACACUUAACUUCUAGAAGAUUUGAAUCGCUUUCAUUCUAAUAAAAAAAAAGCAUAUCUAAUAUAAGUAGACGUGUUUUAAAGUAUAUGUAAUUAUAAACGAGAGGUCAAAAAGAGAGGAAAUUAGUCGUUAAUUGUAUUAUAUAUAAUGUAAUGGAAAUGAAGCUUUCAAACGCGUCAUAGAGUUCGACUUACGUAUAUUUUGGCAAAACAAAUGAAUUUCUUUAAUUCCUUCCUCAGGAACUACCUCUGUUUUUUUUUCUUUCUAUUUAUAAAUUUCCAUAUAAUUUACCGCUGUGAUUUAGAAUCUAACAUAUCAGGCCAAACUUUAUUUAAAACGCCUUCAAAGAAUAUAUUUUCGUUAAUGAAAGUAAAUAUUUAAAGUUAAUGUUAUAAAGCUAUUCUCGCUAAAUACAUCAAUAUUUUAUUUUUUUAUUGUAUAAAACUAUUUUUCCAUUUCUAUUCUAUAAUAUAUAAUUAUGUGUAUGUAUUAUAAAUUAUAAUUAAAACUAUUCUAAUGUAUAUUAAUGUAAUAUCUAUUUUUGUGUGAAUUUAAUUAGUCGUGCAUGUUUACGAGCUUCGUAAACUUUCGAUUAAGCUUGCAUAAUAAUUCCACAAUGAUUUUGACUAUCUGAAUUUCUUUGUAUUAUUAAAAAAAACCUAAGCAGGCUUCUUGAAAUAGUUCGAAAAAACGUAAAACGCGAAAAAAUUCAUGAAAAUCUUAAGGAGAAACUUUUUUUUAAAAUAAAUGUGUAAAAAUAUUUACUGCUUCUUAAGAACAACUUCUUGUGACAUUCAUGCUAUUUAAAAAAAUAUCUUGUGUCGAUUAAAAUGCUUAAGAAAUUCUGACAGAUCUGACACAUGUCAAAAGUCUUGUAAGAUAUGUGAUGAGGACAUUGUCUCGUCUCCGUGUGUUUCUCCAGGCAAAUCUGGACAUCAGCUGGUACGUCUAAAGAGUUAACAUUAAAUCCCAAACUUAACCACCAGUUAAGUAUUCUUGUAAAGAGCAUUUUGGACACUAUCCAACGGGUUCUUACCACGAUUAUCGCAUUUCACGGGCUCUUGAUGUUCUGGUGUGUUGCAAGCGCGAUGGUUGAGGGUAGACUGAAGACUGCGGGAUGUUAGGAGCUGACUCAUCUGGUCUUUUCCACUUAUGCUGGUUACCUAGGGGCUAUGCCAGCUUAGGCUAGCUAGCGAGCGAGCUUAGCUUACUUACCAGGCGAGUAUCUGGAUUAAUUUGUCUAGCAUCUUAAUAGUUCGUUUUUGGAUAUGUUACCACUGGAAUUCGAUGACUCACCACGACUAUAUAUACUCGCUGUAGUCCCAACUAUAAGUUAUUAUUAAACGGCCGUCUGGUGUAGUGGUAAGUGACAUGGUCACUACACAAGCGGGUCGCGGGUUCGAAUCCCGCCAAGGGAAGAUAUUUGUAUGAUAAAUAUAAAUGUCUUUUCCAGGGUUAUCGAUGUAUAUUAAAUAUAUGUAUGUGUAUAAUAAAAAUCUUACAUUUAUAUCCGUUAUCUGGUACCUGUAACACAAGUUCUUUACGAACUUAUCACGGGACCAGUUAACGUGGCGUGAUUGUUAGUAAAAUAUUUAUAUAUUUAUUUACUUAUAUUGUUCCCAGAUAGUUCUGAAAUUUUCCCAACUCGUGAAAUGCGAUAAUUGUAAUGAGAAUCCAUUACAAAGUAUAACAUAACGCAGAUAGACGCCAAACUUAAAAACAAUUCCUACAAGUUUGCUACGUGUACUAAGUUCUGUUUUUCUUUUUGGCAUUAUUAAGCGAUAAUAAAGUUAGUUUGAAUUAGGAAAAUUGUGAUUCAUCAAAAAACUUGUAUGUUUCAUAUAAGAAAAUGUUCGUUUGACAUUUUAAUGAAAAUUUUAAAUAAUAAAGACGCAAUGUUUAGAAUAGACGUCGUAUAAAUUAAUUAUAUAGUCUAUCAUUGAAUAUGUCACUUUGAUUUUCAGCUUGUAAAAUUAGUUUUGUGUUUAUAACUGUAAGUGUUUGAAUAGAAUUAUUUAGUGUAUAUGAAAUACUAAUUAAAAUUCGUAAGAUGAAACAUGUUGAAAUGAAAUAUUAUGUUGUAAUGUGUAUUUAUGAGAUUACUCCCAAAUAAAACAUAUUGAGUUAUCGAAA